UGUGCAAUAUUCUCUAACUUUUUACUUAUCACGUGAAACAGUGUACGCAAAAAGAGCACAAGUAUAGCCUAUACAAAAUUAAAUUGAAUGUUAAUAUUUGAUGGGCGUGAAAUGGGUUUUUCUGGUUUUUGGAAGAGAGCAAUGUCAGAAAUGAAUUUCGCACUGAUUGCUCUGCCUGCCUCUCUCCACAGCCUUCCUUUGUCACUCAAAUAUGGGAGAGGCUGGAGGGAGAGAUUUAUACUGUAGGUUUAUGUGAGGUCUUGAUUGAAUUAUCAUCGUGUCAACGAUAUUUAGUCAGUGGGUGCCACCGUGUAAAUUCCUCAGUCACAUUAGCCAUAGGCAAACACUUGACAGGGUUGACAAUAGGAAAUAGGUGUUGCUGAGAUUUGACUGAAUUUGCCUUGUUAUCAUGUAAGGAUCCCGUUUUGAAGGUGUUGGAGCUACAUUUCUGUUCAUUCGCAACUCUGUUUUAUCAGAUGCGGGCAUGUGGCCAAUAUCUAAUAACAAAGUUGAAGUUACUGUGUAAACAUGUCUGACAGUAUGUCUGCAUCUGAAAAUGCAUUCUUUCACCAGUUCAGGAAAAGAACAUUUUAUUACAUGAUAAACUUGCAUGCAUCUUAUGAUCAGAAGAACACGGAGAGAACAACGUUUGAGUUUUCACCCUGAGGAAGGCGAGUGUAUUAUGAAUUCAAACUUGCAUUAGAAAUGCAUUUCGAGUGUGACUUGAAUGUAUACAUUUGAAUCAGAUGUGUGUUUUGGUUAUUAUACCCCCAUUACAUUGACAUAUUAUUCAUUUAGCAGACACUCUUAUUCAGAGUGAUUUACAGGAGCAAUUAGGGUAAAGUUCAUACACCACACUGCUUACAAAAAUAUCCUUAUCUUUUCAUCUUCAAGAUUGAAGUGUUCAUGUUCUCCCUCCCCAUCCCCUAUAGCACCACUCCUUUCCCUCCUAGCACUGUUUAGAGUGAAAACUACAGAGAGUGGGACUGGAUCAGACACGGAGCAUUAGAAGUUCAGGGCAAGGUCCAUAGACCGUAUAGUAGCCUAAUCUGCAAGGUUAACUGCAGAUUAAGGCUAACUACUGCUAAUAAAUUGUCAGGUCUGCUGCAGGAGUCAGAACAGGUCUGGUGUAAUCUGGCCUCCUGUCCCUGGGGCCUUGGUGGCCCGGCCAGGUAGGGCCAGCAUGAAGGAUGUCCUCUGAUUGCCUGUUAAACCAGACUGAACACGCACUCACCAGGCUAGUCCUCUCUUCUGAGGUGGCAGGAGUUUACAGUUGCCAGUCUCCUGAAACUAUCCAGCCAGCAACAACAACGGUCCCACCAUCCAUCAGACCAUCCCUCAUGGCAACGAUUGUCAUGGAUAGGAUUGGGCGUCUGUUCAUCAACCUCCAGCAGGUAAGGGGGGUGCCCCAGAUGCUGACAGAGGUUGCCCCCUCCAUGCCCGGCACGCUACGGGACACCGAAGUUCCCAGGUUCUUCAGAGAGCGCUACAUCCACGCCGGAUACCGACCGCUCCACCAGGGCUGGAGGUACUACAUCCUUUCGCUGUUCCAGCGUCACAAUGAGACCAUCAACGUGUGGACCCACCUGCUGGGGUCUCUCCUUGUCCUGGUCAAGUUCCUCCAGCUGUCUGAGACGGUAGACUUCAUCCAUGAUGCCCACGCCUGGCCCCUCCUCAUCCUCCUCCUGUCGUCCCUGGCCUACAUGGCCUGCAGCACUGUAGCCCACCUCCUGGCCGCCAAAUCAGAGUUCUACCACUACUGCUUCUUCUUCCUGGAUUAUGUAGGAGUGGCUCAGUAUCAGUAUGGCAGCGCCGUGGCUCACUUCUACUAUGCUGUGGAACCAGAUUACCACCGGUGGGUCUCCUCGGUCUUCAUGCCCACUGCCACCUUCCUCUGCUGCCUGUCCUGCAUGGGCUGCUGCUAUGGGAAGUUUCGCAACCACAGCCUGCGGGUCUGGGUCCGGAAGGUGGGGCAGGUGGUUCCCUCGGCUAUGGCCUAUGCCUGGGAUACUAGCCCGGUGUUCCACCGCCUCCUCCUCUGGCCCACGACGCACAGUGAUGACAUCACUGCCGCGGCCAGUGGCGUAGUCGGUGACCCGGCUAUAUCCUUCCAUGGGGGCCAGGUAGCCUUCUUCCUGUCCAGUGCAUUCUUCUUCACCAACCCACUUCCAGAGCGUCUGUUCCCAGGCCACUGUGACUUCCUGGGGCAGGGCCACCAGCUGUUCCACGUCUUCCUGGUGAUCUGUACCCUCUGUCAGAUCCAGGCCUCUCACCUGGACUAUCUGGGCCGACGGCCACUCUACACACAGCUACACGGAGAGAGAGGAGCAGCAGCCACUAUCUAUCUGGUUCAGUAUGGAGCCACGCAGGUGGUCUGUGUCUGUAUAGCAGUCUUCAUGGCGAGGAAAGUAAAACGGUUGCUUGACUGCAGAGACAAGUCCAAAUGAAUUGGCUUGGAGACUAUGUAAGAGGGUAGGAAAGUUAGAAUCACUUCCCAGUGGGCAAAACCGGUUGAAAUGGGUUGACGUUAUUACAGCCAGAACCUUUUGCCCAGUUUUGACCUCUGAUUUGGUACCAAAGUGAUCAAUGUGGCCUUGGUUGACUCGACACACACUGCCUUUGUUUUUGAAAUGUACAUUUAUAUGAUAAUAUUAUGUUUCUCUACAGCACCUGUGUCCUUGAGAGAGUGUUGUUUACCUUUUACAUAAUGGAAGUUGAGGAAGCCUAUCACUAGCAUGGUCACAGAUCUGUGACCAUAAGAGUUGGCAAGACUACACAAACAGAUCUGGAACCAGGCUAGCCUAGCACUGAACAAAGCCUCAAUGAGAUGUAAGAAUGUUGAUAGCUUGCAUAGUACUUUCUAUAUUUGCUAUGAUUGCUCACUGUAAUCCUAGAAUAGAUCUGCUUAGUUGUUCUCUGUUUUUCAAUUGGCAUGGUUGUGUCAAAUGAUGUAUGUAAUGUACAUUAUCGUACACCUGUAAAUUGUUGCGGAGGUUAUGUUCCAUCGCUACAUUUUCCUUUUGAUUGACCACGAGGGGAAAAGGGAAACGUGUUACCUCUCUUACCAUGGCCAACCACUGCCAGGACACACUCUUCACUCACUGCUGUGACAUAAACCGGAAUAGAGACAGGCUCUGAUUGGCUCUUUCUGGAAGAUCACCAUGGUGACCUAUAACAAAACAUCAGUUCAGCCAAUGGGAUUGAGUAAAGGUGUGAGGACAACUCCCUUUAUACAUUGCAACACACAUAGCCAAUCCCAAUUGGGUCCCCAUGCCUUCCCCUUUGCCACAUUAAACCUUAUGUGUUUGCAGAUCUGAAGGGUGAUAGGUAUUAUGUGUAGUGUUGGAGCUUCCACCUGACAGACCUGCAAUCGCAGGGAUAUUGCCAAGGAGAAGGGCUAGGGAGUGUAUUGGGACCGGCUUUGUUCAUGUUUACCCUUUGUCCAUUACUCUCUGAUUGUGCCAUAGGGUGGUAUCAGUGGAGGCUGCUGAGGGGAGGAGGGCUCAUAAUAAUGGCGGGAGCAAAUGGAAUGGCAUCAAACACAUGGAAACCAUGGAAACCUUGUGUUUGAUGUAUCUGAUACCAUUCCGCUCCAGCCAUUACCACGAGCCCAUCCUCACAAUUAAAGUGCCACCAACCUCCUGUGGGAGGUAUAGUUUCCCCCUGACUGAUGCCCAAAAAAUACCUUCACAACAAUGCAGUGUUAUUAUGACAUGUCAGGAAUCAUAACAAUUUGCAGGUCCUUCACAUUUCAGAACUUUGUUAACUUUAUGGCAUUUGUAGAACAGCAAUAAAAACUACUUGAAGCCCA